AUGGGGUCGAUCGCAGCACCAUCUCCACCACGCGUCGUUAUCAUCGGAGCUGGCAUCGUUGGCACCAACCUCGCCGACGAGCUGGUCUCACGAGGAUGGACCGAUAUCUCUGUCAUCGACCAGGGCCCUCUUGACAUGCCGGGAGGGUCCACAUCGCACGCUCCCGGUCUAGUAUUUCAGACGAAUCCAUCCAAGACCAUGACUCUGUUCGCCAAGUACACCGUGGAGAAGCUGCUAUCGCUGGAGUGGGACGGCGAGAGCUGCUUCAAUCAGGUAGGCGGCCUGGAGGUGGCGACUACUCCUGCGCGGCUCGAGGAGCUGAAGCGCAAGCACGGCUACGCCGCUUCGUGGGGCGUUGACGCGCGCUUGAUUGGCGCCGAGGAGUGCCUCAAGAUCUAUCCCAACCUAAACAAAGAUAUGGUUCUCGGCGGCCUGCAUAUUCCCAGUGACGGCCUGGCUCUGGCGGCCAGCGCUGUACAGCGGCUCAUCGCACGGACUCGCGAGGCCGGCGUCCGCUAUCUCGGAUCAACGCCUGUCACUGGUAUCGAGCGGGCUGAAGGCCACGUUACUGGCGUGAUGACGCCUAACGGCACCGUUCCUGCCGACAUCGUGGUCUCCUGCGCCGGCUUCUGGGGCGUCGAGGUGGGAGCCAUGGUCAACCUACCAAUCCCCUUGCUUCCGCUAGCUCACCAAUACGUUAAGACAACUGCUGUGCCGGCCCUGGCCGGCCGUAACCCACGGCCAAAUGGAGCGAGCCUGCCAAUUCUGCGUCACCAAGACCAGGAUCUCUACUACCGUGAACAUGGCGACCAGUACGGCAUCGGCUACUACGGCCACAAACCAAUGCCGGUCGUUGCCGCGUCGUUGGGCUUGACCCCCGAGCACGUCGACGGAAAGAACAUGCCCUCCCGCCUCGAGUUCACCCCUGAGGACUUCGACCCGGCGUGGAAGGAGUCCCAAAAAUUCCUGCCUGCCCUGCAAGGCACUGAGAUUGCCGACGGGUUUAAUGGGAUCUUCUCGUUUACCCCCGACGGCGGGCCCCUCGUCGGGCAGGCUCCCCAUCUAGACGGAUUCUACGUGGCGGAGGCGGUAUGGGUAACGCACUCUGCCGGCGUGGCCCGCGCUUUAGCCGAGGUCCUGACCACCGGACGGUCUAAGAUCGACCUCGCUGACUGUGAGCUGUCGCGCUUCGAAGAAGUACAGCUUGCUCCCGAGUACGUCAAAGAGACCGCGCAGCAGAACUUCGUCGAGGUCUACGAUAUCCUGCACCCGUUGCAACCGAGGGAGUCCCCUCGCGGCCUGCGCGUUAGCCCGUUCCACGCCCGGCAGCAUGAGCUCGGCGCCUUCUUCCUCGAGGCUGGCGCCUGGGAGCGCCCAUAUUGGUACGAGGCGAACGAGAGGCUGGUUAAGGAUCUACCAAUGGAGUGGCAGCCUGUUGAGCGUGAUGCCUGGUCCUCCAGGUACUACUCACCGAUCGCCGCGGUAGAAGCCUGGAAGACGCGUACUGCCGUCGCCAUGUACGACAUGACUCCGCUACGCCGGCUAGAGGUGUCUGGUCCCGGAGCAGUCGACCUGCUGCAGCGACUCUGUACAGGCGACGUCUCCAAGAAGCCCGGUGCCGUUACCUACACGCUGUUCCUAAACGAACACGGAGGCGUCCGGAGCGACCUGACUGUGGCUAGGAUCGAGGACGAGCUGUUCCAGGUGGGCGUGAAUGGCCCCGUCGAUACAGCAUACGUCACCCGAGCAGCCCGCCUGCAAAGUCGGCAAACGCCCAACAGAUGGGUACAGGUGCGCGAUAUCACCGGCGGCACCUGCUGCAUUGGGCUUUGGGGUCCUCGGGCCCGAGACGUGAUCACUUCUGUCAGCGCCGACGACUUCACCAAUAAGGGUCUGCGCUUCUUCCGAUGCAAUAAAGCAAACAUUGCUGGCAUCCCGGUUACAGCAAUGCGGCUGUCCUACGUUGGUGAGCUAGGCUGGGAGAUCUAUACCAGCGCCGACAGAGGUCAGGCGUUGUGGGAUGUCCUGUGGAAGGCUGGACAACCCCACGGAAUGGUCGCGGCAGGCCGCAGCGCCUUUAACGCCUUGCGGCUGGAGAAGGGCUACCGUUCCUGGGGCGCUGAUAUGACUACUGAGCACGACCCAUAUGAGGCCGGCGUCGGUUUUGCCGUCAAGGCGGGCAAGGAAGGCUAUGUUGGCAGGGUUGCGCUCGAAGGACGUUCCGAAAAGACGGCUGCCCAACGCCUGCGCUGCCUCACCGUCGAUGACAGCCGCUCGGUGGUGCUUGGCAAGGAGCCGGUGUUCCAUAACGGCAAAUCGAUUGGCUAUGUCACCAGUGCUGCGUUUGGCUACACGAUCCGCAAGCCCGUCGCCUAUGCCUACUUGCCUAGCACGGUCGUCGAGGGUGAUUCUGUUGAGAUCGAGUAUUUCGGCCGACGGAUUCCCGCUACCGUCACCCCCGAGCCGCUGUACGACCCGGACAUGAGCCGUCUACGCGGGUGA